CUGAAAAAGUGGCACAUCGUUUUCAGAUUCUAGACAAGCAAGUUGACAGUUGCUUUACGGAUUUUCGUUGAAAAAUUAAUAACAAGUGGAUUUAAGUCAUUGUUAUAUAUAUAUAUAUAUAUAUAUAUAUAUAUGCUGCAAUUUUCUUACAAAUAGUGAACACAAUACAUACAGUUGUUGACAUUAAAAUGCUGACAGACUGUGUUCGAUACUUCUGCGAAACUUUAUAUGAAACAGUCUUCCACAUCGUUCAGCGAUUACGACAGGCUCGCAUUCUUCCAAAAUUAUUGACUCUUCUGCAUCAGCUUGUUGGGUUUAUCUACUAUCUACUACAAUUGUUACAGAAAACAAAUUAAAUUUCAGAUUUGGACCAUUAUGAGCAGCUAAAUGUACAUCUCCUAUACUUACAGCCUUAAGUUCCCUCGAAUCACCUAUCUUCACUAGUGUAUAUUCGUACUAUACAGUGCCACUCUCGUAAGAAUGAAUAAAUCCAAAGCUUCAGAACAGGAAGAAACUGUUAUGGGAUACAAGGAUAAACAAAAAGCUUUGGACACAAUAAAACACCUUGAUGGUCGUGACAUUUGUUAUCAACAUAGCGUUAUCACAAGUUUCAUUAAUCGCGCAAAGAGGACCUUACAAAUUACAAAAGAUGAUGAGAAAAUAACAAAUAUAAAAGAAGCCAUACAAGUUUUUGAAGAAUGGUUUGUCGAUUAUAAGAAGAAUAAAGGAAACCAAAAGAAUUUUGCUUAUUUACCGUUGGAAACUAUUAAUGCAUUCCGACCCAUUGCUAAAAAAUAUGAAGUUCUGGAUGAGGCAUUUUAUUUAGCUUACAAAAAGGAGAAAGGAGAUUACAGGGGCUUGCGAACAGAAAAAGUGGACAACGGUGAAAUCACCUGGGAUAUAGAGAGAAAUCGCAGACUCGCAAAGUUGAUUAGGAAAAUCAAGGAAGAUCACGUUCAGUGGUACGAAACAGACGUUGGUGAAUUUAGAGGACUUCCUACCAAAGAACACACUCAAUGCAUUUUACUUGGCUACAGCCCCGAACCGCUAAAACUGAGAAAAAUGAUAUCUAAAUUAAGAGAAACUUUCGGUUCUCUCGAAAACAGUAAUAUCACAGAAAUGGAAGUAGAGGAUGAGAAAAAAAUGUCGAAGAGGAAACAUGAUGAAUCUGCAGACCAGAGUAGCAGCGAGGAAGAAUCGUCGAAAAAACAAAAGCAGGAGGAGAGUGGACUCGGUUUCAAGGACAAAGAAAAGGCUUUGAGAAGUAUCAAGUCUCUAGAAGAACGCGAUGUUAACUAUCAGUACAAUGCUAUUAAGGGCCUUGUAGGAAGGGCUAAAAGAGUAAUUUCCUGUACGAAAGACGAGCAUAAGAUAACGCAUAUGAAAGAAGCAAUAGAAGUUUUUGAGAAAUGGAUUACAGAUUAUAAUGUAAAUGGCCGUUCAAAGGACAAUUUUGGAUAUCUGAGCUUAGAUGUUGUUCAUGGAUACAAACCCUUAGCUGAAAAUUAUGGCAUCGAAGAUAAUGGUUUUCUCGAAUUUUAUGAGCAACAAGAAGGUGAUUACAAGAAAUUGAGAUCUGUUAAAUUGCCAAAUUCUAAUAUCACAUGGGAUAUUGAAAGGAAUAGGAAACUUCGUACGAUAGUAGACUAUAUUAACAAAAACGAUGUAAAAUGGUUUGUGUCGGAAGGUGAUCUCACAGGACUACCUACUAAAGAACAUGUUGAAUGCAUCAUGUGGGCUUUCAGCUAUGAAUCUUCAAAGGUGAAGAAACUGUUGCCUAAAUUAAAGGAAAAGCUCAAUAUUAGCUAAAAAUCCGAAAGAGUUAAACUAUUUCUUGCUAAUAAGCUGGUUUCAAGUAAAAGUACAAAUUAAAAAAAA